CAAAUGGUUUUAUUUUCUCCGCACGAUAGGAUAGAGAGAGAAACCGAAGACUGAGAGCAAACAUAGACAUAUAUAGAUAUAUGUAUAUGUAUAGAGAGAGAAAGUUGUGAAAUCUCUUUGGUUUCUUCAUCCAUCAAUCGAUCUUGUUAAGAUCUGCUUUGCUAGAAGGAUUGUAACUGUUGUACGGAUUUAGCGACGGUGGAGUUGCAAUGUCGUCGCUAAGUAGAGAGCUUGUGUUCUUGAUCUUGCAGUUUCUUGAUGAAGAAAAGUUUAAAGAAACAGUUCACAAGCUUGAACAAGAAUCAGGGUUUUUCUUCAAUAUGAAGUAUUUUGAAGAUGAAGUUCAUAAUGGGAAUUGGGAUGAAGUUGAAAAAUACCUUUCUGGAUUCACUAAAGUGGACGAUAAUCGGUAUUCGAUGAAGAUAUUUUUCGAAAUAAGAAAACAAAAGUAUCUUGAAGCAUUGGAUAAGCAUGAUCGGUCCAAAGCGGUGGAGAUUCUUGUGAAGGAUCUUAAAGUGUUUGCAUCGUUUAACGAAGAGCUUUUCAAGGAGAUUACUCAGUUGUUGACUUUGGAGAAUUUUAGGGAGAAUGAGCAACUUUCGAAAUACGGAGAUACUAAAUCUGCUAGAGCUAUAAUGUUGGUUGAGCUUAAGAAGCUUAUUGAAGCGAAUCCUUUGUUUCGUGACAAAUUGCAAUUUCCUAAUCUCAAGAACUCGAGGCUUCGGACUCUUAUAAACCAAAGCUUGAAUUGGCAACACCAACUUUGUAAAACACCGAGGCCAAAUCCGGAUAUCAAAACGUUGUUUGUAGACCAUUCAUGUGGACAACCAAACGGUGCCCGUGCUCCAUCACCUGCAAAUAAUCCACUUCUCGGGUCUUUACCAAAAGCAGGAGGCUUUCCUCCUUUAGGGGCACACGGGCCGUUUCAACCUACACAAGCUCAAGUUCCAACUCCCCUUGCGGGUUGGAUGUCUAAUCCGCCUGCAGUAUCUCACCCUGCGGUUUCCGGUAGUGCCAUCGGGCUUGGUGGACCGUCUAUUCCUGCUGCAUUAAAGCAUCCACGCACCCCACCGACGAACCCUUCUUUGGAUUUUCCAUCUGCGGAUUCCGAGCAUGUGAGCAAAAGAACAAGGCCCAUGGGCUUAACCGAUGAGGUCAACCUUCCGGUCAACGUUUUGCCCAUGUCAUUCCCGGGACAUGGUGGUCAUAGUCAAGCUUUUAACCCAUCCGAUGACUUGCCGAAAACCGUUGCACGGAAUUUGAACCAGGGUUCAUCUCCUAUGAGCAUGGAUUUUCAUCCUAUACAACAAACAUUACUCUUAGUUGGAACGAAUGUGGGGGACAUUGGAUUGUGGGAAGUUGGUUCAAGAGAUAAAUUAGUUUCUAAAAACUUCAAAGUUUGGGAUCUUAGUACGUGUUCAAUGUCUUUGCAGGCUGCUCUCGUAAAAGAUCCUGGAGUGUCCGUAAAUCGUGUAAUUUGGAGUCCAGAUGGUUCUUUGUUUGGAGUCGCUUUUUCGAGGCACAUUGUACAAAUAUAUUCGUAUCAUGGAAAUGAUGAUGUGAGACAACAUCUAGAGAUUGAUGCCCAUGUUGGUGGAGUAAACGAUCUUGCAUUCUCUAGUCCGAAUAAGCAGCUUUGUGUGAUAACUUGUGGAGAUGACAAGACCAUCAAGGUUUGGGAUGCAGCAACCGGUGCAAAACAAUACACUUUUGAAGGUCAUGAUGCCCCCGUUUAUUCCGUAUGCCCUCAUUACAAAGAAAACAUUCAGUUCAUAUUUUCAACGGCUCUUGAUGGGAAAAUAAAAGCAUGGUUAUAUGAUAACAUGGGUUCGCGGGUCGAUUAUGAGGCUCCGGGUCGUUGGUGCACAACAAUGGCAUAUAGUGCUGACGGAACAAGGCUUUUUUCAUGCGGGACCAGCAAAGAAGGGGAGUCACACAUAGUAGAAUGGAACGAAAGCGAAGGGGCUGUAAAAAGAACAUAUCUUGGGUUCCGUAAACGAUCGUCAGGCGUUGUGCAAUUUGAUACAACUAAAAACCGCUUUUUAGCAGCCGGUGAUGAGUUCUGUAUCAAAUAUUGGGACAUGGAUAAUGUUCAACUUUUAACAAGCGUUGAGGCUGACGGAGGUCUUCCGGCGAGUCCACGCAUCCGAUUUAACAAAGACGGUACUUUAUUGGCUGUUUCAACUAACGAAAAUGGAAUUAAAAUAUUGGCGAAUUCGGAUGGUCUUCGAUUACUCAGAACGUUUGAAAAUCUUUCUUACGACACUGCUUCAAGAGCUUCUGAACCUCCGAAGCCUACGUUAAACACGAUAACGGCUGCUGUUGCCGCUAGCGGGGCUGCACUGACAGAGAGGGUAGCCUCCGGUGGUUCUAUCUCGGGAAUGAAUGGAGAUACGAGAAGCAUUGCAGAUGUGAAACCAAGAAUCACCGAAGAAACAAACGACAAAUCGAAGAUUUGGAAGCUCACUGAAAUAAGUGAAGCUUCUCAAUGUCGAUCACUUAAACUUCCGGAAAACAUGCGAGUAACAAAGAUAUCAAGAUUAAUAUAUACAAAUUCAGGAAAUGCCAUUUUGGCAUUAGCAUCAAAUGCUAUUCAUUUGUUGUGGAAAUGGCAACGUAGUGAGCGCAAUGCAAGCGGAAAGGCAACAGCCAGUGUUUCCCCUCAACUAUGGCAACCUUCAAGCGGGAUUUUGAUGACAAACGAUGUUGCUGAAACCAACCCUGAAGAAUCGGUUUCCUGCUUUGCGUUGUCGAAAAAUGAUUCUUAUGUGAUGUCAGCAUCAGGAGGAAAGAUUUCUUUAUUCAACAUGAUGACAUUUAAGACAAUGACGACUUUUAUGCCUCCACCUCCGGCAGCUACUUUUCUUGCUUUCCACCCUCAAGACAACAAUAUAAUUGCUAUUGGUAUGGAUGAUUCGACCAUCCAGAUAUAUAAUGUUCGUGUUGACGAGGUCAAAAGCAAACUUAAAGGGCACUCCAAAAGAAUUACGGGUCUUGCAUUUUCUCACGUGCUCAACGUUCUAGUCUCAUCAGGGGCAGACGCUCAGCUUUGUGUAUGGAGUUCCGAUGGAUGGGAGAAACAAAAGGCUAGAUACUUGCAACUCCCACCGGGAAGACCACCAACCGCAGUGUCGGACACACGUGUGCAAUUUCAUCAUGAUCAAAUCCAUUUUCUUGUUGUUCAUGAUACACAGCUUGCUAUUUAUGAAACAACAAAACUUGAAUGCGUAAAGCAGUGGCUGGUACGUGAAUCUUCUGCCCCGAUAUCACACGCAAUGUUUUCAUGCGAUAGUCAGCUCGUGUACGCUAGUUUCCUGGAUGCAACCGUGUGCGUGUUUACCGCUUCUAAUCUUCGUUUACGCUGUCGAAUCAAUCCUUCCGCAUAUCUUUCUCCCAGUGUCCCAAGCAACCCAAAUGUUCAUCCGUUGGUAAUCGCUGCGCAUCCACAAGAACCGAACCAAUUCGCAUUGGGGCUGUCGGAUGGGAUGGUGCAUGUUUUCGAGCCGCUUGAAUCUGAAGGCAAAUGGGGGGUCCCACCGCCAGCUGAAAAUGGUUCAACGAGUAAUGCAGCGGCUACGUCCGCUGGGGGCCCGGGUGCUGAACAAGGUCAGAGAUAACUGAGUUGUUUUCGUGGCAUGCGUUUUUGUUGGUGCAGGAAAAAAAGUUGUAAUUUAGUUGGGUGACAUGUAGAUCUAACUGAUUCUGUUUGUGUAAAGUACUAGGUUUAAUGUUUCAGAUUGUCCAAGUACAUGUGUCAAAUGCACCAUCCGUUAAAUCAAAUUUGUAAAAACAUGUUUUCAGAUUCUUGUUCUUGAAUAUGCUUCUGUCACAGGUAAAAAUAAAACCACCAAAUAUGAUGCUUCAGUUGGUGGAUUAAUAUUUGAUA